CCCGUGCGGGCCUCACUGGAAAAGGCCAAAUGAUGCAGAGUGUGUUACUCUGGCUGACUGCAAGAAAGACGUUACAUCUCAUUUGCGCUUUUGUAAUACGUUUGAUUCUGAUGUGGACAACGAACUAAAGUUAUUGCUUUGUCGAGCUGGAGUUUUCAAAAAGGAGGAGAUCGAGGGUCAUGACAAUCUGACCAUUUGCCCGUCACACCGCAAUAAUAGUGGAGUCGGAUGGCGAUGUGGAAGACGAAACUGCCCUAUUCCUGAUGACAUGGCAGGGCAUAAGUUUGCCAGUGCAAAAGGAGACCGAGGCAUUAACAGCAAAGAAUCGAAAUUUGUAUUCAAUAGAUCCAAAAUACUAAUUCCAUUCGGAACACUUAUCUGUAGACGCUGCAAGACCAAAAUUAAGCAAUUACUUGAAAAUGAAAGGCUACCAGAAAUUGUUUUGCCCACUAAUGAGGAUGAGAUCGACAUUUCAGCUCAAGUGACAGAGGAAUAUCUUCAUAGCGGUGGAGCAGUGCAGAAGGUUCAUAUAAGUCAGAGCUGCAGAGUACCCAGCCAUUGCAAUGUACAUGCCCUGAGCGACUCUAACGAAAAAGAUUACAGGCAAACUUGCGAUCACGUACAUGACGAAAGAUGUCCUAACUGCGAAGCAUUAGAUUCUACCUUGCUGGAAAUAGAAAGGCUCUUGACUACUGUAACCUUUGCCAAUGAUGAUGACCACGAUGAAGCAGUAUACCUUUGCCAGAAGGGAAAGCAAAAUAUAGUCGCUUGGAAAUGUCAUUUGGUGAGGUCCGUGAGACAAGAUAAGGCACGGUUAGAUACAAUAGACCAACUGGAUGACGAUACCAUCUUAGUCAUCAAUGACUGGGCCAUGAAAUUUCUCCCUCAAUAUUACCGUGAAUCACAGACUGACUGGUUCGGGAAGAGGGGUAUUUCAUGGCACAUCUCUGUUGUAUAUAGGCGGUGAAAGGGAGUUUUACAGUCCCAAGCGUUUAUCCAUGUGAUCCAAACCUGUACACAGGGAAGCUCUGCAGUAGUUCUUCUCCUUCAACAUGUCAUCCAAACUCUCAAAAACGAGCAUCCAGAAAUUGCAAAGUGCUUCUUUCAUCAAGAUAACGCUGGAUGUUAUCAUUCCAACAACACUAUCCUUGCGUGUCUAGCAAUCGAGAAAUCUACUGGAGUC